UACCACACCACAACCCACCCAACUGCCCAGCUGACAGAUGUGAACUGUGCAUGCUGAUGACAUUCCUGUCAGCCGGGCUUUCCAGACAGUCACAUUAACGUCCAUCAUGCCGGUUGACUACAGCGGGACGUGGGACAUUGUUAGCAAUGAGAAUUUUGAAGCGUACAUGGUCACUCUCGACAUCGAUUUUGCAACACGCAAGCUCGCCAACAUGCUGAAGCCCCAGAAGGUGAUUAAGCAAGACGGGGAUUCUUUCACAAUCCACACGCUCACCACCUUCAAAAACUACCAGUGCUCAUUCAAGGUCGGAGAAGAGUUCGAGGAGGUGACCAAAGGCAUGGACAACAGAUCAUGCCAGACGCUGGUAAACUGGGAGGACGACAAACUCGUGUGUGUUCAGCAAGGAGAGAAGAAGAACAGAGGGUGGACCCACUGGAUAGAGGGAGACGAGCUUCAUCUGGUACGACUCUCUCCUUCACCCCCCCUCCAAAAAAAUUGGGAGCUCUCGUGCGAGGAUAAGGUCUGCAAGCAAAUUUACAAAAGGAGUGCAUAAGGGUUUCCGCUUUGGAUGUGGAGAUGAUUGGAUUUUAGAUGUGAGCACUACACUUAAAGGGUCCCUCAGUGAACAACAUGAACAACAGGAACUAUAACUCCACCUCCCUGGCUGUGUCUUCGUGCAUUUUAAUCCGUAUGAAGUGUUGAUUUUUGGUAUGCCUGUAGUAUUCCAUACCACUAGAGGGCGGCAUACUUUUUAUUUGAAAAGAUGAAAUAAAAUAAAACUUGUUGGCACUUUUAUUUAUGCCGCGAAA